AAGCGAGGAGUGCCAGCUGAUCCCACAGGUGUAACGACCAUCACUUCGCCCAAUGGGGCUACCAUACGCUACAAGCAACCCGGAAAGGAGGGUUUCUGCGAGACAACACCGGGGGUAAACAGUUACUCUGGAUAUAUCAGUCUCAACGCGACAACCAAUAUGUUUUUUUACUUCUUUGAAGCUCGCGAGAACGCCGCUCACGCUCCUCUGACUUUGUGGCUUAACGGCGGUCCAGGAUCGGAUUCGCUCAUUGGUCUGUACCAAGAACACGGCCCAUGCAACGUUACUGCAAACCUCACCACGACAGUGAAUCCAUACAGCUGGAGCAAUGUGUCGAACAUGCUCUACCUCUCACAGCCAAUUGGUGUCGGUUUCUCAUACGCCACCACCGAGGUCGGCUUGUACAAUGCUACCACCGGCGUCAUCAGAAACACCACCGCUGCGAAUGCUUCGCUCGCGAAUGGCCGCUUCAGCUUGACGGAUCCAUAUAGAUACGAUACGACGUACUUGGCCGCGGGCGGAACGUGGGAGAUUCUGCAAGGAUUCCUCGCUAACCUGCCGACGCUUGACAGUACAGUCACGAACAAGACCUUCAAUCUCUGGACCGAAAGCUACGGCGGCCAUUAUGGUCCUGCAUUUUACGAGUACUUCUACGAACAUAAUGCCAUGAUUGCGAACGGCACUGAAAAUGGCACGGCUUUGAUCAUGGAUACGCUUGGAAUUGGUAACGGGAUCAUUGACGAGCUAAUUCAAGCUCCUUACUAUCCUGAGUUUACGCAGCGGAACUCUUACGGCAUCCAGCUUGUGAACCAGACCAUAUAUGACUUCAUGAAGACAGCCUUUUAUAUCCCUGGCGGCUGUCAAACCCAGAUCUUGAGGUGUCAGGCUGCAAAUCAGAGCACGGCGGCAGGUCAAGCCCUAUGCUCGGCGGCGACGAGCUUUUGCAGAGGCUUUGUGGAGGAACCAUACUACUAUUACGGCGGGCGGGGCGUGUACGACAUCCGCCACCCGUAUAGCGACCCAACUCCGCCUACCUAUUUCAUCGACUAUCUCAAUACCGCUGCAGUACAGAAUGCCCUUGGCGUCAAUAUCAACUAUACCGCCGACAGCUCCAGCCUGGUGGGCCAAGGCUUUAGUUCGACUGGAGACUUUGUCUAUCGCUCCUUGAUUGUCGACCUCCAGGCAAUCCUCAACCGAGGCGUUCGUGUUGCCCUUUUCUACGGCGACGCAGACUACAUCUGCAAUUGGCUAGGUGGCGAAGCAGUCUCAAACGCUCUCAACUACAGCGGCAGCGCUGGGUUUGCGAAAGCGAACUAUACGCCAUUUGUGCUCGAUGGCACUGAGUAUGGCGAGGUGCGGCAGUACGGCAACUUUAGCUUUUUGAGGAUCUAUGAAAGCGGCCACGAAGUGCCAUACUACCAGCCGGCUGCGGCGCUUGAGAUGUUCAGGAGAGUGCUCGGCAACUUGGUGCUUGCGGACGGAAGUGCGCCGGUCACGCCUAACUAUACCACUCCCGGAUUGCCCAAUGCCACACAUACAGAGUCGUUUGUGCCCUUGUCGAGCACGAGCUCAGCGAGUAGCACCACA